UGAAUCAUUCAGCGCCCGCGGCAUGAUGAGAUGACUGUGCUUUGCCAUGCCGAGCAUGCAUGUGGAAGCUUGCAGCUUUGCCGCUGGCCCUUGCAAGUUUGGAGCUACAAUGUUUGCAGUUGCUGCACAGGAACCAUGGUAUUUUUUCAGCCGUCCACGAGCUUCAAGACCACCAAGAGGAAUUCACAGCAGCCUGCCACCAGCUUUCCGCCACUACUGCCCUGCGUGUGCAUUUGCCGCGGAAGAGGGAGUAUUUAGAGCGGAUCAGGCUAGAACUGGAAGCAAGAGGCCAAGUGCUACUUGGAAACCUUUCUGCUCAGUUGUUCAUAUGCCUGCCAAGUGCCUGUAUUUCCCAUUCUUCCUUGGUGCGCCUUGUGAUUCACUAUUGUAUUUUGACGACCUGGUUUCAGGUGGCGCCUCCACUUCCUCAAGCCCUUCAGCCGAGCGAGCUGAGAUGGAAAUUUCUGACCAUAGACCCUGAGCUGUCGAACGAAAGUUUGGCCAACUCCAGCUUUGGCCAGUGCGUUUGCAGUCAAGACAUGGGUAGGCGUCGAAGUGGUGUUUUCACAGUCCACGAGGCACACUCAUUGACCCAGGACCUUCAAAGACCAGGACAAUUGCGAAGACAAGCGUUGAAGCGGAUUGGUCCAUCUGAUCCACUACACAGGGAGAUGCCCCAUCACAUUGCAGACCUGAUGCCAAAACAGUGCUACCAUGCCUACGCACGGCAUGAGUCAGGCAGCUGUGCAGCAGCAUCAUUGAGUCGUGCUUUGGUAUUGGCUGCUGCUGCGAGGCAACCAGCAACAUUGCUUGCACGCCUCGAUGAUGCAGUGCUGGCAGCUUUGGCCAUGAGAGAUUGUCCCUGGCCACUCCUGGAUGCAUUUGCUUGCAACAAUUGUGUUGCUCCGCCCGUUGGCUUUCGUCCAGCUGCAUUGUUGCAGAAGACUAGAGCCGCGCACGCAGCCUUUGCACGAGGACAAACGCUAUUCAAGGAUCCACUCAGAUGGACAAGUGGCGAGCUUUCCUGCAAGCCAGCGGCAACAGAUGCUUUGUAUGAGGACUUCCUUUGCGGUGGAUGUCCCUGUUUUCUUCUGUGGUAGAUGAGUCUGGCCACAUACAACGGGAACUUGCACAGCUGAAGCCCAAGCCAUAGGCCCGAGCAAUUGGCCAGCUAAAGAAUCCAAUGGCAGCAAAGAGUGUGGCAUGUUUGUAUUUGGCCGCCCUGCCUAAUGACUACCCAACUUUGCGGAGAAGCAUUCAGCUGCGCGCUGGCAGUUCAUUGCAGCAUGUGAACCGAUUUACUCAUGGGAGUGCCAUCCAUGUGCUUCCCGCGAGUGGCAACUGAUUAGCGAUUAGCGGCAAAAGAGGCAGAUGCUCACUGCUGGCACAACGAAAGCCCUCAAGGA